GCCCUUGGGUUUCAUCAGAUCAUCGAGUAAUCAAAAUCCACCAUGGGUGUGACUAUGAAGCGAGCGGCCCUCAUCGUCGCCGGCCUCGGCGUCUUGUCUUUCAUCUUCGGAGUCAUUGCGGAGAACAAGAAGCCCGCUGCUGGAACCCCGAUUCCCGGUAAAGAUUCGGUUCUAUGCAAGUAUCCAUCGGAUCCCUCCGUUGCCCUCGGCUACCUAUCGGUUUCGUUCCUCAUAUUAUCUUCUUUCGCCGGCUAUUGGUCUCUGUUUUACCCUUACAAGGGGAAAUCCGUUCCACAAUCUGUUCUCUUCCAAAGCACCAGUUUCUUCGUCUUCUUCAACAUCGCCUUGUUUACCGGGGGGUUAGCAGCCACUCUGCUGUUGUGGCCGACGAUCACAGAGCAUCUUCGCCUGACCCGCAAUGUUCAUCACAAUCUCGAGACACAAUGCCCUACUGCUAAGACUGGACUCCUUGGUGGUGGUGCGUUUGUGUCCCUGGAUUCAGCCCUUUUCUGGUUAGUUGCUCUUAUGUUGGCUGAUAAUGCCCGACAGGAUCACUUUGAUCAAGUUGAAAAUACCAUUAAAGCUUAGCCUCUUCUUUCUGCUGAAAAAACAUACCGUGUCAAAGGGGGUGCCCUGUAAUGCAGUUGAUGGCAUCAUCAACCACUAUACAUGUUUCCCCAACUGUCUUUUUAUCUUUAUCUUUAUGUCUAUGGUUUGCAUUUCACAGUAAUAAUUGUGUAUGACUGGUAUUUCUUCAGCAAAAUAUAUGGAUCCCCAAAAGUAAAUUAGAUA